CAGGGGGCAAGUCUAGUUUAUCUGUGUAGCUUUAGAGUUUCUGAAACUGUGUGGAGUAUGAAUAAUCAAUACUAUUUUUUUUUUAAAUGUGAGUCUCUUGCCCAGAGGUACCCCUGGGGGACAGAAGAGAGCGUCAGAUCCUCUGGAUCCGGCUUUAUAGUCAGCUGGGACCUUGCUGAGGCUUUGACUCCUUAUGUUAAAAUCAGUUUACUUCCCAUGGACAGGUGGGCUGGGAAGAGCAUAUGGGACACAAUGAGGGACAUUGUGAAUCCAUUGUGGUAGAAUGGCGAAUGUGCGACGUCAUUAAUCAAAGAACACACAAUAAAGCCAGCUGAAAAGUCACAUGUCACACACCUUAAUCCCAGCAUCUGGGAUUAGUGGAAGAAGGUUCCUGAGUUCAAGGCUGGCCUAUGUUACAUAGUGAGUUCAAGGAUAGCUUCAGCUACUUAAGAAUCUGUCUCAAGAAAACUAAAAUCAAACCCCCCAGUCAACACAUACACAAACACACCACCUUCCGUUCCCCAGGGUGGUGGCAGCGGCGGCGGUGGGGGCUGGGGAGGCUCAUAGCCAACAAAAAGCUAACAGAAACUAAUCAUAUUCUGUAUCCAUAAAGCUGCUUUUCAUUAUUCAGUUCAGUUCUGGGUCUGACAGGGGAAACUGAAAGAAGGGCUCCUGAGAAUCUCCCUGACUUUGCAGCCAAGAGGAUUACACAGCUGAUAUCCACCAGAGGGUAAAUAGUAGUUAAUUCUUAAUUGUUAGCUCAGUCACUGCAAUUGGUUCAACAGUAAUUAUUAUCAUGUGGUUUGAACUCAGUUGUGAGGGUUCUCCCUUUUCAGUUGUGCAUCAAAACAGAAGCCUUAUGGGACUUAAAAAGUUCAGCAUAGGGCCUGAAGAGAUGGCCAAACAGUUAACCUCUUCUGCUCUUUUUGCAGAAACACUUGAGUUCAGCCCACAGCCCCUAUCUCACAACUGGGAGAAUUCAAUGCUUCUAGCCUCCAUGGGUACACACACAUACUACACAUAAUUAAACAAAAUAACAAAAAUAGCUGGGUGUGGUGGUACACAUCUUUGAUUUGAAUAGUUUGAGGCGGAGGCAGGCAGAUAGCUGUUCAAGACCAGUCUGGUCCACACACAGUUUCACGACAGGACAAACAACAACAACAAACUCCAACAAAAAUAAUAAUAAAAAAUCUUUAAAAAGCAGGUUAUUGCUGAGUGUGGGCCUGUAACCUCAGCUAUUAGGAAGGCUAAGGUAAAAAGAUAACAAUUUGAAGACCAGCCUUGAUAUGUGUCACAGCGGGGGGGGGGAGAGGGGGGGAAAACCUCGAAAAAAUAUAAAUAGUAAAACAUUUACCCCCUCCCUCUGGAGAGUUCAUUUUAUUUCUCUGGAAGCUUGCGUGUCUUUUUAUUUUUAUUUUUGUCUCGUUACUAAAUGCAAAAGCAGCCACGUGGUUGAGCGCCGCUAGAUGACCACGCGGAACUAGGGUGGCCACCUCUGGGAUCCUCGUCCGCUCAGUCUCUGUAAGUCCUCAGUUUCCCCUCCGGGGCCUUUUACUUUAUCCGCGGGGCUCCCCGCCCGCCACGUCCGCUCGGUCCGCGACACAGAGGCGUUCUUUCGGGAUGAGCGUCGCUUCUGACCCGGGAAGAGCUGCGAGCGACCGCCCGGCUCAGCGCAGCCCUUUAUCCGCGCCCUACGGACCGCAGCGGACCGGGCGCGCUCCCCACCGACGCCCACUCCCAGCUCCGCUGGGCUCGGCCAGGAAUGUGGGAGACCAGGCGCCGCCUCGGAGUGACCGCGCGCCCGGCCAAUCAGCGGGCCGCAAGCGCGAGGCCCCGCCCCCUCCGCCCCUGGGGCUGGUUCCCGCCGGGGGAGGGGCGGGGCGGUGGGACGAGGAGGACCGAGGGGAGGCGGCACCUGGGCGGCGGUGAUGUCAGCCGGGCGCUGUGCUCCGGCCCCGGCUCCUGUCGCCGUGUAGGGCGCGGGGGCGGCCGCGUCGAGAGUGGCGAUCUGGCAGCCGGGCGGGUCCCGGGAGGCGGAACUGCAACUUGUGGAGCUCGGCGGCCCUCCGCCUCAGAUGGCAGUCAAAACUCUUUUAUUUUAGAGUUAGAUGACUCUCAGACACAGCGGCAGCUUUGACCUGUCAUUCCAGCGCUCAGGAAGAGGUAGAAGUAUCCUUCCUGAGCCUCAGCCACAGGAGGCCCUGCCGCAGAGAGCCAAGUUAAAAUAAAUAGAUAAUACCAAACGUCUAUGGAUCAGUUUGCUAAGGACGUGCAAGAUUGGAGGAGCUGAGAAAUCAACACUGAACCUGUUCCUUUUAAAGUUGAAGCUGGAAUUUGCCCCUUACGAGCAAGAAGAUGAUGAGUGACGCUAGUGACAUGCUGGCCGCGGCGCUGGAGCAGAUGGACGGAAUCAUAGCAGGUUCUAAAGCCUUGGAGUAUUCCAAUGGGAUUUUUGAUUGCCAAUCUCCCACCUCCCCAUUUAUGGGAAGCUUGCGCGCUCUGCACCUUGUGGAAGACCUGCGUGGAUUGUUGGAGAUGAUGGAAACGGAUGAGAAGGAAGGAUUGAGAUGCCAGAUCCCAGAUUCAACAGCAGAAGUGCUUAUUGAGUGGCUUCAAAAUCAAAUGACAAAUGGACAUCUACCUGGGAAUGGAGAUGUGUAUCAAGAAAGGUUGGCACGUCUAGAAAACGACAAGGAAUCCCUCGUUCUUCAGGUAAGUGUGUUGACAGACCAGGUGGAGGCUCAGGGAGAGAAGAUUCGGGAUUUGGAGUUCUGUCUUGAAGAGCACAGAGAGAAGCUGAAUGCCACUGAAGAAAUGCUGCAGCAGGAGCUUCUGAGUAGGACCUCCUUAGAGACACAGAAGCUGGAGCUGAUGGCUGAGAUCUCUAACUUGAAGUUAAAACUGACGGCCGUAGAGAAGGACAGGCUGGAUUAUGAAGAUCGGUUCAGAGACACAGAGGGGCUAAUUCAAGAGAUCAAUGAUUUGAGGCUAAAAGUCAAUGAAAUGGACGGUGAAAGACUUCAGUAUGAAAAGAAGCUCAAGUCAACUAAAUCUCUAAUGGCCAAACUCUCUAGCAUGAAAAUCAAGGUGGGUCAGAUGCAGUAUGAAAAGCAGCGGAUGGAGCAAAAAUGGGAGACCCUGAAGGACGAAUUGGCAUCUUUAAAAGAGCAACUGGAGGAGAAGGAAUGUGAAGUAAAGAGGCUGCAGGAGAGACUGGUUUGUAAGGCGAAAGGAGAAGGGAUCGAAGUCCUCGAUCGAGAUGAAAAUAUUAAAAAGAAGCUCAAAGAGAAAAACAUUGAAGUACAGAAAAUGAAGAAGGCAGUGGAGUCUCUGAUGGCAGCGAAUGAAGAAAAGGAGCGGAAAAUAGAAGACCUGCGGCAGUGCCUGAGCAGGUACAGGAAAAUGCAGGACCCAGCAGUUCUGGCCCAAGGUCAGGAUAGUGAGUGUGAGGGCCUGUUCCAUUCCAGCUCUAUCUCCACCCUGUUGGAUGCACAGGGUUUUAGUGAUCUGGAGAGAAGCACUUCUUCUACGCCAGGAAUGGGGUCUCCCAGCAGGGACCUGCUCCACACGAGUGCUCCAGAAGAGUUUCACACCAGCGUCUUGCAAGCUUCAAUCCCUUCACUAUUGCCGCCAUCUGUGGAUGUAGACACUUGUGAAAAACCCAAGUUGCCUACCAAGCCCGAGACUUCAUUUGAAGAGGGUGACGGAAGAGCAAUCCUGGGCGCUGCCGCUGAAGUCUCCCUGAGUGAUGGUGUUUCAACUUCAAGUCUGCAGAAAUCUAGCAGCCUUGGAAAUCUGAAGAAAGAGGCAUCGGAUGGCACGGAAAAGGAGUCUAUCCAGAAGCUUUCAGAGGAUAAAGCUCCGACUGACAGCCGCACGUUUGGGACCCUGCCUCCCAAGGUCCCAGGACACGAAGCCUCUGUGGAUGACAACCCCUUUGGCACUCGCAAAGCCAGGUCCUCAUUUGGCCGGGGCUUUUUUAAAAUCAAAAGUGGAAAGAGGACAGCAAGUGCACCCAACCUUGACCGUAAACGAAGUGCCAGUGCACCCACCUUAGCUGAGACAGAAAAAGAGACAGCUGAGCACCUGAAUUUGGCUGGUACAUCUCGGUCAAAAGGUUCCCAGGGAACCAGUCCAUUCCCAAUGUCUCCACCAUCUCCAGAUUCCAGAAAGAAAUCCAGAGGCAUCAUGAGACUCUUUGGGAAACUUAGAAGAAGUCAGUCAACUACAUUCAACCCAGAUGACAUGUCUGAGCCUGAAUUCAAAAGAGGAGGGACAAGGGCAACUGCAGGACCCAGGCUUGGUUGGUCUCGAGAUUUAGGACAGUCCAACAGUGACCUGGAUAUGCCAUUUGCCAAAUGGACCAAGGAGCAGGUGUGUAGCUGGCUGGCAGAGCAAGGCUUGGGGUCCUACCUGAGUUCUGGCAAGCACUGGAUUAUAUCUGGCCAGACCCUUUUGCAGGCUUCUCAGCAGGAUCUGGAGAAGGAACUUGGCAUCAAGCAUUCACUGCAUCGUAAGAAGCUCCAGCUGGCCCUGCAGGCCCUGGGAUCUGAAGAAGAAACCAACUAUGGGAAGCUAGACUUCAACUGGGUUACUAGAUGGCUGGAUGAUAUUGGCCUCCCUCAGUACAAGACCCAGUUUGAUGAAGGGCGGGUGGACGGUCGAAUGCUGCACUACAUGACUGUGGAUGACCUACUGUCCCUGAAGGUUGUCAGUGUGCUGCACCAUCUCAGUAUCAAAAGGGCCAUCCAAGUGCUGAGGAUCAAUAACUUUGAGCCAAACUGUCUAAGGAGGCGGCCGUCUGAUGAGAAUAGCAUCACCCCAUCUGAGGUUCAGCAGUGGACCAAUCAUCGUGUGAUGGAGUGGCUUCGCUCUGUGGACUUGGCAGAAUAUGCCCCCAAUCUCAGAGGCAGUGGUGUCCAUGGAGGGCUCAUGGUUCUUGAGCCUCGUUUUAAUGUAGAAACUAUGGCCCAGUUACUGAACAUUCCACCAAAUAAAACCUUGUUGCGCAGACAUUUGGCGACCCAUUUCAACCUUCUGAUUGGUGCAGAGGCCCAGCACCAGAAGCGAGAUGCCAUGGAGUUACCGGAUUAUGUACUGCUAACAGCCACUGCCAAAGUGAAGCCGAAGAAGCUGACCUUUAGCAACUUUGGGAAUCUGAGGAAGAAGAAACAUGAAGAUGGAGAGGAAUAUGUUUGUCCGAUGGAGCUAGGCCAGGCAUCAGGUAGCUCCCAGAAGGGGUUUAGACCUGGCUUGGACAUGCGCCUGUAUGAAGAGGAUGAUUUGGAUCGGUUAGAGCAGAUGGAAGAUUCAGAAGGGACGGUGAGACAGAUAGGUGCAUUUUCUGAAGGCAUCAACAAUCUCACGCACAUGUUAAAGGAAGAUGACAUGUUUAAGGAUUUUGCUGCCCGCUCCCCGAGUGCCAGCAUCACAGAUGAAGACUCCAACGUUUGAGCAGAGCACCUGGGCAAAUGCCAGGAGCACAGAUGUCAUUUUCUAACUUGGUUUCUCGGAUAGUGAAUACAGCAGGUGACAGGUUGUGCAUUGUUUAUUGUUUGGUCUUCUGCUCACUCAGAAGGAGAACUGUCACACGGAAAUGGUGCCAGUUCUGAGGAUACUGAGAAAAAAGACACUGGUGAACGGAAGUGCGCUUGCUCUGCCUCUAUUUAAUGUAAAGUCUGUGACAUAUGUUGCAUUUACGAUUGGGUGUUUACCAGAGUGCUUCGCUCACAUCCCCAGGAGGGAGGAUCUGGCCACAUCAGUGUUCACUGCAGCCGUCUGAGCGGAAAGAGCUGCUCCCCAGAUCCAAGGCCACCAUGCCAGCAGCACCUCCACUUGCCUCUCACUGUCUUAUUUUUAUAUAUUUUUCUAAAUACGUGUAUAUAUACAGUAUACAGAAAGCAGAACCUUUAUUUUGUGACACAAGGAUCAAAAGAUCAUAUUAAAACGAAGAAACCCCAAUAUUUCAAUGAUCAUAUACCAGCUGAUUCCUGAAGAUACCAGAGUCCCAUUUUUUUUCCACUGCUGAAUUUUAACAGUGUUACCAUUCAGGCUAAAUUCUACUUGAUAAACUUCUUUGGCUCCCACAAAAAUUGCUGAGCAGUUUGGAGCUUGGACUUUAAUCUUGACUCCAUUUGCUUUAUAAUGAAGAAUUUUAGGGUAUUACCACAUCAACUUGAAGCCUUUGGAUGCACUCAUAUACCCAUCAGAAAAGUUUUUGUUAGAAUAACUUUGGAAAAACAAAAAAAACAAACAGAACCUUUACAUCUUAAGUUUCUUUUUUUUUCCCUUUGCUAAACUCAUCAUUAUGUUGAACUAAGGAGUCCUGCCUAGCCAUGUCGAUUGUACCUUACACUCAGACUGUCAGCUGAUGGGGCUUCGUAUUAUUUCAAUCAGAACCCAAAUAUUUUAAAGCUGUAGAACAUUUUCUAAUGGCUAUCCUGUCCAACAGCAGGUUGCUCAUGUUUUCUGUCACACAGGGCCCAAAGGCUUUUUGUAAAGAAAAUAGAAAGCUACAAAGCAGCUGUUGAGUGGUAUGUGUCUAUGAGUGUUUUCAGCAGGGUUGGAGACAAUCUACUUUUCAUUCAGGGCUACUCUAAAUGAGAUCCCCUGUGUUCUGGACAGGAGCUUAGACACUGGGGGACAGGUGGACAGGUCACUUUACAGUGAUAGAUCUGGUGAUAGCUAUUUCCAAAUGUCAGCAGUAUGCCGUUUUUAUGCUCUGCAGGUUAUAAAGCUGUUCAUUGUGAACCUUGUAACACUGCUGGUUAUUUCUAAUUAAAUUAUCAGAUGCUAACAUGCUCCCAUUCAUGAUUUCAUGACAAUAUUGGCUUCUUCCUGUAUUGGGGUUUUAGUUUAACAUGAAUAAAUACCACCAUUUGAAAGCUCAGUUUGUUAUUAGAACCUGGUUAAAAUACCAGCAGACUGUUACAGAUGCCAAAUAUUCUUUAUCAAGGACAAUGUAACAACUGAUGAUAUGUGAUAAAGUUAAAAACUUUUGAUUAUAUAUUUUAUUUACAAAAGUAUUAUGCAAAGUUUGCAUUACCUUAUGAGAGGAAAUAAAGUCAAUUGAUAAUUGC